AAAAGGAACGUCAAACCCCACCCUUACAUCCCUCCAGGCCACGCCCCAUUCAACACACCCCACCAAGCCCCUCCCUUGAUCACACCCACAGCACGCUCUCUCCCUAGAGGCACGGCCUCCGCCGUGUGGACCGGCGGGGAAGGCGCCCUCUGUCCCUCUUGUCUCUUGGCAGUCUCGACUCGGUCUCUGAGUGUCUGUCUCCAAGGCUCAAUCUGUGUAUCUGUCUCCUGUGGCCUCUCCCUGUGCAUCUCAUCUAUCCGGGGUCUGUCUGUGAACUUAGUUCUCCUGUUUCUGCACUUCUCUCUGAAGUUUUCUGUCCCAUUUUCCGUUCUCUCACUCUGAUCCCUCACUUCCUUCACCUUCCUAGGAAGCCAUCUCCCUCUCUUACCCUUCUCGGGUUCCCCAGAUCUCCGGUUUCUAUCUUCUGCUGGGCCGACUUGGACGCCGCCUAGUCUUCGCCUCUUCUUCUUGUGCGCCUCCGGCGGCUUUGGCUCGCGAGCGCCCCCGUGUGGCCAAUGAUGCCGCCUUGAUGGAGGCGAGGCAAGCAAGCGAUGCUGUGGUGCGCGCGACGUCCAGAGGUGGUGCGACCCACGCCAAUGUGAGGGCAUGCCUCAGAGGUGGUGUGGGACGCCAGGAGAUGACGUGUGACUGUGUGACAAGCCAUGUCCAACAACAUGGCCAAGAUCGCUGAGGCCCGCAAGACAGUGGAGCAGCUGAAGCUGGAAGUGAACAUCGAUCGCAUGAAGGUGUCGCAAGCGGCAGCCGAGCUUUUGGCUUUCUGCGAGACGCACGCUAAGGAUGACCCACUGGUGACUCCUGUCCCCGCCGCCGAGAAUCCCUUCCGCGACAAGCGACUCUUUUGCACCCUGCUCUGAGCCCUCAUGACAGCUUUAUCCUCCCCCGCAGAAGUAUGAAUCCAAUAAACGUGAUGACUUGGUGGUGCCUGCA